AGAGAAGCGAAGAGAGAAGAGGAGCCGCUGCGCCUCCUGCUGGCUGGCAGCGGAGAUGACGCUCAAACGGAAUAAAUGGAGUCAACAAACUGCACGUGAGGCGUUAUUUCGGCGCAACUGAGUUGUCAACAGUGGCGGUGGGUGGAGCCUCUUGGCAGCCAUGAUGGCGGACCCUCAGGACGAAACUUCCCCCGCCAGCUCUGAGCCGAACAGCCCCUCCCUCUCUAUUUGCUCCUCCCCCUCCCAGUCCCUGCCCUCCACCCCCUCGUCAUGCGGCCCCCCCCGCCCCGCCUCGCCACCUUUGGGCGUCAUCAGCGAGGGAGGCGGCGAGCUGAGCCUGGUCAUAGACGCUGAGGUGGCGCAGCGGGCGUGUCAGGAGGUCCUGCAGAAGGUGAAGCUGCGUCAGGUGGACGCCGCCGCCGGUCCCGCCCCAGGCUCGCAGCACAACGGACCGUCCCCGGACCGCGGCGUCCCCGCCAUCAAACCGCCGCAGAUCCGUGAAGAGGACGACCCGGAGGGACCGGCGACCGGGUCAGUGAAGAGCGCCCGGCGGCGCCAGAGACACAACCCAUCCAAGCAGUCGUGGCUGCUGCGGCUGUUCGAGUCAAAGCUGUUUGACGUCUCCAUGGCAAUCUCCUACCUGCACAGCUCCAAGGAGCCGGGUGUGCAGGCGUACAUCGGGAACCGGCUGUUCAGCUUCCCGCACGACGACGUGGAUUUCUAUCUGCCGCAGCUGCUCAACAUGUACAUCCACAUGGACGAGGACGUCGGCGACGCCAUCAAGCCUUACCUGGUGCACCGCUGCAGACAGAGCAUCUCCUUCAGCCUGCAGUGCGCCUGGCUGCUGGGCGCCUACUCCUCCGAUAUGCACAUCUCCACGCAGCGCCACUCCCGGGGCUCCAAGCUCAGGAAGCUCAUCCUGUCCGACGAGCUGAAGCCGUCGGGGCCGCGGGCACGCAGGGAGCUGACGCUGACGCCGUUCUGCCUGGCGGCAGCCCCCGGGGGCCCAGCGGCGGACCACGGCCUGUCUCCGUCCAAACGGACCCAUCAGCGCUCCAAAUCGGACGCCACGGUCAGCAUCAGCCUGAGCAGCAACCUGAAGAGAACAGCCAGCAACCCCAAGGUGGAGAGCAGCCAGGACGAGGACAGCGGCUCCAGCUCCGACAGUCUGGAGUUGGAUUCUGGUCCCCCGGUGCGCCUGGCUCCGCAGCGGGAGUUCAUGAAGUCCCUGAUGGGCAUCGGGAAGCGUCUGGCCACGCUGCCCACCAAGGAGCAGAAGACGCAGCGGCUGAUCUCAGAGCUGUCGCUGCUCAACCACAAGCUGCCGGCGCGCGUCUGGCUGCCCACCGCCGCCUUCGACCAUCACGUGGUCCGCGUUCCGCACACGCAGGCCGUGGUGCUCAACUCCAAGGACAAGGCUCCCUACCUGAUCUACGUGGAGGUUCUGGAGUGCGAGAACUUUGAGACGUCCAGCGUUCCGAUGCGGAUCCCAGAGAACCGGAUCAGGAGCACCCGGUCGGUGGAGAACCUGCCGGACUGUGGCAUGAUGGCGGAGCAGCGAGCCGGGAGCUUCUCCGUCGUCCCGAACUACGACAAUGACGACGAAGCCUGGUCUGUGGAUGACAUUGGAGAGCUGCAGGUGGAGCUCCCAGAAGGCCACACCAACAGCUGCGAUAACAUCAGCCAGUUCUCGGUGGACAGCAUCACCAGCCUGGACAGCAAGGAGCCCGUCUUCAUCGCCGCCGGGGACAUCAGGCGGCGCCUAUCGGAGCAGCUAGCGCAGGCCCCCACCACCUUCAGGCGGGACCCGGAGGACCCGUCUGCCGUGGCCCUCAAGGAGCCCUGGGAGGAGAAAGUCCGGAGGAUCAGGGAGGGCUCGCCCUACGGACACCUCCCCACCUGGAGGCUGCUGUCCGUCAUUGUCAAGUGUGGAGACGACCUGCGGCAGGAGCUGCUGGCCUUCCAGGUGCUGCAGCAGCUCAAGUCCAUCUGGGAGCAGGAGCGCGUGCCGCUGUGGAUCCGGCCCUACAAGAUCGUGGUUCUGUCGGCGGACAGCGGGAUGAUCGAGCCGGUGGUCAACGCCGUGUCCAUCCACCAGGUGAAGAAGCAGAGCCAGCUGUCGCUGCUGGACUACUUCCUGCAGGAGCACGGCGCCCCCACCACCGAGAACUUCCUGUCCGCCCAGAGGAACUUCGUCCGCAGCUGCGCCGGCUACAGCCUCAUCUGCUACCUGCUGCAGGUCAAGGACAGGCACAACGGGAACAUCCUGCUGGACGCCGACGGACACAUCAUCCACAUCGACUUCGGCUUCAUCCUGUCCAGCUCGCCCAGGAACCUCGGCUUCGAGACGUCCGCCUUCAAGCUCACCGCAGAGUUUGUGGAGGUGAUGGGCGGUCCAGAUGGAGACAUGUUUAACUACUACAGGAUGCUGAUGCUCCAGGGUCUGAUUGCAGCCAGGAAGCACAUGGACCGGGUUCUGCAGAUAGUGGAGAUCAUGCAGCAAGGCUCCCAGCUGCCCUGCUUCCACGGCUCCAGCACCAUGCGGGGCCUGAAGGAGCGUUUCCACAUGAGCCUGACGGAGGAGCAGCUGCAGCUGCUGGUGGACCAGCUGGUGGACGGCUCCAUGCGCUCGCUCACCACCAAGCUGUACGACGGCUUCCAGUACCUCACCAACGGCAUCAUGUGACCCCGUGUGACCCCGGCAUCAUGUGACCCCGGCCACGCUUCUUCGUCUUCUGUUAUUCCAGAUUUUUGUUCGUGUUUCCUUUAGAAGUUUUCUUUCCUCUUCAUCAUCUGUGUGUCUUCCUCUUCCUCCUUGUUUCCAUAUUUGGACAGAGGCUGCUCAUUGGCUGUUCAGCAGGACUUUUAGCCAAUCACAGAGCAGCCCAGUUUUAGUUGAACUGUGAAAUGUGAGCAGGUGGUUUCCAGGUAUGAACAUCAAUAAAAGUAGCCGGUGUCCA